GGUUCAGACGGAAGUGGGGUGCCGGAAGUGGCAGUUGCUAUGGAGGCGGCGGAAGACUGGCUGGUGGAGUCCUUGCGCUUGUACCAGGAUUUCCAUGCAUUUGACUUGUCAGGAGCCACUCAAGUCCUUGAAUGGAUUGGUGAUGAAGGAGUCUUUGUUGCUGGCUAUGAAAGACUGAAAAAAAAUGAGAUUCUUCAUCUGAUAUUGCCUGUCAGACUCUCUGUGAAGGAGAACAAGGGUUUGUUCCCAGAAAGAGAUUUCAAGGUACGCCAUGGAGGAUUUUCAGACGGGCCUAUUUUUGAUCUAAAGCAUGUGCCAGAUACCAGGUUGCUGGUGACCAGUGGCCUUCCAGGUUGUUUGCUGCAGGUGUGGCAGAUCUCGGAGGACAGUGAUGCCAUUAAAGCUGUUAGCACCAUUGCUGCACAUGAAGAAGAGGGGAGUCUCUGGCCUAGGGUGGCUGUCUUCUCCUCGAUGGCACCUAGAGCCCUCCAUGGAGUGAGGCUUAGCAGUCUGAAGAUUACAGAUCUGGAAUCCCAGAAGACCAUGUACACCUCAGGCAUCAGUGACAGUGAGUUGCUGAGUAGCCUGCAGGUCCUGGAUGCAGACGUCUUUGCCUUCUGCUGUACCUCAGGUCGGCUAGGGCUUGUCGACAUCCGCCAGAAGUGGGCACCAUCUGAGACUCUCAGCACCAACCCUGGGUCUGGUGGAGGGAGGUGGUGUGCAGAAGUGAGGGGCAAGGGCCAGGGUCCUGGGCCUAGCAUUGCCAGCCUUUGCUCAGAUGGGCACCUCUGUCUUGUUGACCCCCGAGAUCUCUGCCAUCCUGUGAGCUCAGUCCAGUGCCCAGUUUCUACACCUAGCCCUUACCCUGAGCUGCUGCGAGUGACUUGGGCCCCAGUUCUGGACAACUGCUUGGCCAUUUCAGGUUUUGAUGGGACAGUCCAGAUCUAUGAAGUCACAUCUUGGGAUGCAACUGGGAGCCAAGUAGAACCUCUCUUCACUCACAAAGGUCACAUCUUCCUUGAUGGAAAUGUGGUAGAGAAUGUUUGCCUGGUCACCACCCAUAUUUGGCACCCAUGCAAACCAAGGACUUUGUUAUCAGCAGCAAAUGAUGCCUCUCUCCAUGUGUGGAACUGGGUGGACCUCCAUGCCUCCCACUAACAGCGGCAUCUUUCUGCCCAGGCCACUAGGAACCUCGAGGAGGAGCAGUGGUAAGGGUGGUGAUUUAGGUUAGAUCCCUGCCCCCAGCUGCUGUGCAGUCUUAGGCAAGUCACCUAGUCACUCUGAGCCCAUUUCCUUAUCUGCAAAAUGAGAAUGGUAAUAACAACCUUGCAGGGUGCUGUAAGGGUUGGAAAUAAAGUAUUAAAAAAUGCCUGGCAUGAUGCAUGGCACAAUAAAUAUUUGGUAGAUACUAUUAGGUCUGGGAGCCUCAUU